UUUCUCUUUAGCAAGAGUUACUUUUUCUGUUUCCAUACACGAUGAAAAUGUCUGGAUUGCACAAAUGUGGAAAGGAGAACUCCAGCUAUUUGAAAAAGAUCCGGAAGCCGCUGGUGGAGAAGCAGCGACGGGAGCGCAUGAACCACAGCAUCGACCAACUGAAGCGGCUCAUAGCGGACACAAUCAGAGAACGUCUCCCAUGACGCGUAUAGACAAGGCUGACAUUCUAGACCUCACAGUUUUCCAUCUGCAGCACUUACAACAGCGCCAAAGUUCAGUAUCCAAGACAACCGAGUCGAUAGCCUACACAUCCGGGUUUCAGGCUUGUGCAUGGGAGGUAUUAGCGUACCUCACCAAUCAGAAAUAUGCAGACCCUAAGACGAUUAGCGCAAUAAGUGACCAUUUACACAUGGCGCUGAAUGUUCCUCAAAGAUGUGUCCGAAAUCAUAUGCCCGGAGAACAAAACAUGUCUACACCUGUGAGGGCAAAUAACAUCAGGAAAUUGUCGUCAUACCCGCUGAACACUCCUGGUGUUUCACUCAUUGCCAAUCAAAACCUGCUGUCUCGAGAAUACUCCGAUGGUUUAAGCGUUCCUGCAAAUAAUUAUCGACUCGCGUAUCCCAGCCUCGAUAGUUCAGUAGACUCGUGUUACUCAAGAAUGAACGUCUCAUCAUUGGAAAACAGUGACGUCAUAUCCGAAUCAGAAGGCGUUGUUUUUAUUGGACAUCGGGACACAGUUAGACACGUGAUCAAGGAAACAUUGUGGAGACCAUUUUGAUGCGAUGUGAUUGUUUAUUUUGUUGAUAUUUUUGUUAA